UAUGUUAUACUCUAGUGUUUGCUACAUUAAAUUAAUCAGCCUUAGGUUAGUCUGUUAUAGUUUAAACUUUGUUGUUGGUUUCGUUUGCUGUUGUUUCCAAAUAUCUUAACUGAAGUAUAAAAAAAAUACAGGCUCUCAUGAAAAAUGCAACUGAUGCCAUGAAAGAAUCAAGGGCCCCUGACAUUUUAAAUCUGAUGGAGGCACUCUCCUAUAAAAAAAUGGAUUUCGAAGAGUUUUGCGCUGCUGCUAUCAGUGUAUACCAGCUGGAAGUUCAUCCAGAAUGGGAUAGAAUUGCCACAACGGCUUUUGAAUACUUUGAGGAGACAGGAAACCGAGUCAUUUCUGUUGAGGAGUUGGCUCAGGAGAUGAACUUGGGUCCUUCAGCUUAUUCUUUAAUGGGUGAUUGGAUCAGAAAAUCUGAUGGAAAACUCAGCUUGGUCGGAUAUACAAAGUUUUUGCAUGGUGUCACGAUGCGUAGUUCAAAUACAAGACACCGACAGCUAGUAUAACGAAAAGGGAGAUUCGAUUAUUAUUAUUGUUAUUAUAUUAUUAUUAUUGUUAUUAUUAUUAUUAUUAUUAUGGUAAUAUUUGUUGAAAUUAGUUUGUGUCUUUUUUCUUUCUAUAAUUUGAAUCGAAAGGAAAAUGGUACGAAGGGUCUAAGCAAUUUUUUGGGGGAUUUUGGGGAGUGGAUAAUGGAAAAAACAGAGCUAACAUUGUUUAGUUUGUCAUGUGAUUUGCGGUGCAAAGCAAAAAUCUCCUAUUUUACUUGUGAGCCAAAAGGCCACACUUGCUUUCUUGUAAGAUAUCGUGUGAAUAUUAAAGACGGAUCUAUUUGGAU